AUGAAUAGAUUUGGGUUUAUAUUUACUUUGUGCAAGAUGGUCAUGUCGCUCUAUCUUAUUGCCUGCAUAUUCCUGCUUCUGCUUCUACAGAUUAUUACAUUUCCUAUGGUAAUAAUCAACAGAAAGUCAAUGGUUUGGGUAAUGGACUGGUACAAUAGACAUUUUGCAAGUGCAUGUCUCUUUCUUCUACGGAUAGGGAAUAAAAAUGCAAUUGAGGUUCAGUACAUAAAUGAAAAGCAGAGAAAUAAAUUAGAAGACAGACAAGAGUCUCUUUUGAUAAUAAGUAACCACAUAUGUGCAUUUGAUGGGACAUUACUUGCUAUGAUAUCUAAAAGAUUCCAGAUGAACCCUAGGUUUAUAUGCAAGAGCGAGCUAAGGUGGAUACCCGUUAUUGGAUGGGGAAUGUACCUUUCAGACUAUCUGUUUAUUAAAAGAGCAUGGAGCAUUGACUGCGAAAGAAUCAAGAAGUGGUGCACAAAGCAGUCCUCUGGCAUUUCAUUAGUUAUCUAUCCGGAAGGAACCCGCUUUACACAGUCCAAGCAAAAGGAGUCUGCAGAGUACACACAGAAAAAAGGCCUUUCCACACUUAGAAAUGUUUUGUAUCCAAGAACUAAAGGAUAUAAUUUGUGCGUGAAUAGUUUGCCUAGUCCUCCGUUUUCUGCCAUUCUUAAUGUGACAAUGGUGUAUUUAGUGAAUGGAAGGAGAGAGGAGCCUCCUUCUUUCCUAAGCUGUGUUUCUCAAAGAGUCCCAGGAAUAUUCAAAAUAAUUGUAGAGAGGGAGAGUAUUACGCAGGAUGUAAAAAAUGCAGAAUAUUUAGUCAGCAAGUUUAAAGAGAAAGACCUAAUGAUUUCUCAGUAUUGCAGUGUAUAA